GCUUUUCUUCCUUUUCCACUGCCACUAUAACGCGAUGCACGGCGGAACGUAAUAAACCAAAGGGCAAUUUCCAGCGGUGAGGCAGCGGGUUUGGAUAUGAGAGUCGCUGGUGCAGCUCUGAUGCCCGUGGUGUGCGUGGAGCCGCCCGCUGCCUCCGAGGCACCCCGGUCGCGUGGCGGAGCCAGAUCUUUUCUGCGGCCGUAGCUGGAAUGCGGACCCAAAGCGUUAGCUUUUGUUUUCUAAAGAGAAAAUUGGAGGACCCUCUAGACACUGUUGGAAUGUGACUACAGAGAAAAAGGUGAUUUUCUAAGAACUUGAUUGUGGACGUUUAAUCAGACUUUGAUUUUUGGAAAUGCCGCAACAUGGCUUCAUCCGGGAAUGACAUAGAAAGAUGGACUCACAGGCAAGGUGGUGGAACUGGAGAGCUGGUAGAGCCUGUGACCUCUCCUGAAAAUGGUAAUCGUCUUUCACCAGUGAAGGCGAUCGGCAGUGUAGAUCAUCUCUUGCACCUCCCCGGAAGAGUAGACUCUGCUUACAGCUCUUUCUCAGGGGGAUCAAAUGUUCCAGAGUAUCCCACACCAUCGUGCUACGGUGAAAACUGCUGUUUGCCUCCAGAGCAGGUAUCGUACAUGGACUCGGAAUAUGUAAGAGGUAUUUAUAACCUCAGUGGGGCAAACUCUGACCUCAGAUACCCGCAGCCGUACAAGGCACCAGACUUGAGCAUCCAUAAUAACUCUAACGGCACCAGUCUCGCUGAAGGCUGUGGAAGCACUCCUAUCCGAGGGACUUUAAAUCAGGGACCGCUGCCUCUGGCUGCACCUCUGCCUUCUCCUCCCACGCGACUCGAUAGCUAUAAAGUCACUAAACACCUUGAAAACUCAAGAGGGAGAUGCAGCUCUGGAGGUCGCAGUGACUGCAGCGUGCAGCCAGCUCCUUGCGUGCAGGACAGUCACCCAGCAGGUAGGGAUGUACCCUGGGGUCAACGCAGGGACGAAAUUGCUGAGCGAGAUGUAGUGGCUGCUAGGAGAAAGACUCUGGAAAACAAGGGCCUUUCUUCUUCUGAUGCUACAAAUGAGGUAUUUAUAUCAAAAAUUCAGGGGUUAAAGCCGGAGGAAAACGGAGAGUGGAGCCCAUCCCAACAACCUGUAAAGAGAAGCAACCCACAUAUUUUCAGCAGACCUUCUUCAUUCAUUUUUCAAGAAUAUUUAAAGACUGACUCUGUGGCUAAUGUCCCUAAAAUACUUUCUGCUUAUAAUUCACCUCACGCUUAUAAGAUUCCUGAAGAGAUGAACUCCAGGUCCUAUCACCCAGUGCUUACCGACCCCCGCGCUGUUAAUGAUACACAAGAAGGCAAACAGUAUCCCUGCAGCGUACGUAAGCCAACCUUCAGAGAAGCAGACCUGCAAAGCGCAGUGCCAGACCCAAGCCGACAGUGCCCACUCCGUGCUGAGCUGCAUUCAGACUUGGAUCAGGAUGUGUUUGAGGAGGGUUGUGACUUAAAAUAUAUGGAGAAUGCUUUUCUAAUUAAAAAUGCUUCCAGGAAGCUGAACAGUUGUACAGAUGAAAAUCAGUGCUUUGACUCUGAAGGAAAAACUGGGAGCGGUGUUAGGGAGCCGCUCCUGAACCAGCGAGCCAAAAUGCAGGGAUCACCACUGUCCUGCAGCUAUGACACUGGAGAAGCGGAGCACCCUCGCUGUGAGGAGUCGGAUCAAGGAAAUAAGCAAUGCUACGAUAAUACUAACCAAAUGUCGUUUUUUAGGCCAAAGGAAGAUUUCAUACCUCCAUUUUUACAUGAAGUCAAGAAAGAAAAACAGGCUAAUACCAGCAGUCCUGACCCCAGCACACAUCUAGAAGAAGGGGAACCUCCUGUUCAGAAAUAUCAACCUGAAUUUCAGAAACAGCUCUUAGGGCCGCUUCAGGAUGAUCUUGCCAGUGAACAAAUAACCAGGCAGACGACUCCCAUGCUUUACUAUCUUUCUGGGGGGAAAACCACCAAUAUCCUGCACCAUCACAAGCUCGCCCAAUGUCAAGAGGACGUGAGGAGCUUACCAAAGGAAUUCCCAGCAAGCAGCUACUCUGCCUCAGCGCGACGUCUAGAGGCACAAAGGGAAAGCAAUCAGCUUCAAAGGCCUGACCACCACCAUCAGUGCAGUGCUGAUGAUCUGCUCGAGACCGACGAUCUCGUCCUCGGGAGUCCUGCUUCAUCCACGGAUGAGAGUUUCCAGAACGACUAUAGAGAGAAACUUAAAGUGGCUCAGAGAAAGGUUCUGAGAGAAACCUCCUUUAAAAGAAAAGACUUACAGAUGAGUUUGCCCAUUAGACUCCGACAGAAACCCUCUAAAAGGCCUUCAAUUGAACACCUGAGGUCUUUCUCGUUAUCCAGUGCAAGUGAGGAUGCCAAACCUGUUCCUUGUUCCUCUUCUCAUCGAGAAUCCUUGGGGAGUUUCAAUAGGGAUGAAGAAAUGAAGAGGCCACAAACAGGUCGAAUCGGGGGAAGGAAGAGGGUAACAAAGGAGCAAAAGAAACUGUGUUAUUCUGAACCUGAGAAACUCGAUCAGCUGGAAGAGAAGGAGACAUCGUGGAGUCAAGCAAGGGAUGAAAUCACUGAGCAAGACAUAAUGGCGGCUAGGAGGAAGACUCUGGAAAACAGGGGGAGGGCACUUUCCAGCUCAAGUGUCUCCAAGACAGAGCUGAAACAAAUCCAGCAGACUGCACUUAUGGAAUACAUGGAACGAAAGAUUAAUCAAAGACCAGGUAGUUCACAACACCUCCCGCUGCAUAAGCCGCCCCUGCAGAAGAGGCUGUCGCAUCCCAAAUGGCCUCCUGGCAAGGUUUCCAAUCCAAACGGCAGCAGGACGGUGCAAACCAGUGAGAAUUUCUGCCACGCUUUCUCUAAAGGAAAAUCGCCCAAUGUUUUUCCACCUUUGGCUUUUGUUCCCCCGCUGAGCGUGACCGGCAGGUGCGAUCCCAGCUCUGAUGCCGCUGGUACAGCCACCCUGAAGCACGAGCCCUCUCCCAGCGAAGCGGACGGGAGCUGCACCGGCAAGUGUGCGUCAGCGGAAAGUCUCCCGCAGGCAGAUGCUCCUGCAUCUGGGAGAGCUCGCGAGAGAUCGAAAUCGACUCCUCCUUCCACACAGGGCGCUUACGGAUGUGCCGGCGCUGCAGCGGCGCCGUCUCGGCGUUGCGAGAGCUGUCUCGGCCCACCCAGUUUCCGCGAUCCUGAGAAAGAUGGAUGUGAGAAUCACGAAUAUAAAGACAAUAACAUAACUGGACGUGCCUGUUGUCAGGACAUGAAGGAGCCGACUCCCGAAACCUCUAUUCCUGCCCCAAGAAGCGGAAGCAAGGAAGAUGCUAUGGGGGAGGAGGAAUGCAGAACUAGAUCUCUGAACGGCAACGCUUUGAUGAAGCGUCCAGAGCAGCAGCCCGCAGCUUCUCCAGAGCGAGUAACGUACCACCACGCGGCGUUAGCUCAGCCUCCCCAAGGAGACAAAAAUACAGCCAAAGGUGUAACUGCAAAGGAAACACCCGUGCCCGAUAGCCAAGGUGAUGCUCUCCCUGGGAGAGAGGCAGAUCUGCCCAGCAGGAGGCUGCAGUCUCCCGAAGACCGGCGAUACGAAGAACUUGCUAUGGAGAUCGUUGCCAAAGACAAUUCCCUGGUUGAUAUUCUCAUGCCUCAUCCUGUUAGAAAAACCGCUCUAGACCUGAUGGAGGGUCUUUUUCCUGUUAACAUUUCCAUGCUGGAUAAAUCACACAGAAAAAAAGACGUACAGCCUGCGCAGGAGAAUGGUAGCAGGAAAAGUAGUCAAGAUGCAACAGAAGACUGUCCUGUAUCUGAACACGAUGCCAGGCAGAGGAGCGAAGACCCUGCCUCUGAGGGAAACCAAGUCCAGAAUAGGAGCAGAGACAGCACAAAUGACCUAGAUGACAUCACGUCCAAGAAACUGGAACUCAUCUCUGGCCUCCGGUCAAAGCUGCAGACCCUGUGGGAGGAGAGGGAGCUCAUCCUCUCUGAAGCCAGGGAGUGUGCCGAGCGAGGCGAGGAGCUGGAGGCAAUGGUGCAGGACGUCUGCAAGCCCAAUGAGUUUGAGCGCUACAUGAUGUUCAUCGGUGACCUGGAGAAGGUUGUGAGCCUCUUGCUCUGCUUGUCCAGCCGCCUUGCCCGAGUCCAAAAUGCCAUGAGGAGGAUCGAUGGCAAUACAGAUGCUGAGGAGAAGCAAUCGCUGAACGAACGGCACAAGCUCUUGUCUCGGCAGCGGGAAGAUGCAAAAGACCUGAAAGAGAAUCUAGAUCGCAGAGAAAGGGUGGUCUCUGGUAUCCUUGCCAAAUACCUGACUGAUCGGCAGCUCCAGGACUACCGACGCUUUGUUCAAGACAAGACCUCCUUGCUGAUUGAACAGAAGGACCUCGAAGAGCAGAUUAAGUUUUUUGAAGAACAACUAGAAACUCUUGAGAAAAGCAUCCCCCUCUAAUACCCGCCAACACACCACCCGUUUUUACCCAUCGUAAUUUGUGACGUUCCCCUGGAAAUCCACAGGCGCUCGCUGCACUGGGCUCGGAUCGGUGAAUUCUUGCAAUCCUGUUAGUGCUGCAGCAUCGACAAGUGCUUGGAUGCUCCGGGGAUGCUCUAGGCACGCGCUGGACAUGCCUCCCCCUUUGGACGGGCCAGUGAUGGCAUCGUACAGUAUGUAGCAGGCUGCAUUUUGGAAAUGACUGAUAGGAUGUUGCUCCUGUUAGCUUGGCGUGUAUUUCCCCUCCUUCUUGUCUGUCCAUCUGUUUCCAGGUUGACAUAAUCUCAAUAAAAGAACAAUACAAAUCUUU